CCGACCUUACACACCGACAGCGGGGAGCAGGACAAACAGCAGUCAUCACUGUGUACGUGUCUGCAUGACUGUGUGUGUGUGUGUGUUUGUGCGUGUGCGUGUGUGUGCGUGUACACGUUCAUCCAAACUACUGAGGGCGCGUGCCCAGCUGUGCGCGUGCCCGUGCCGUCCUUACUUUGAAUGGGAGUCAGACUGAUUACCAUGAUGUGAGGAGAUAAUGAUGCCCGGCUGCUGAUUGAAACUGAGAACAAAGCAGCGGGUCAGGUGUGUGCGUGUGUGUUUUGUAGCAUACAAGUAUGUUGUGUUUCUUGAAGACAGAGAGCACGAAAGUCUGUUACAGCCGUCAAAUAUCAUCACCGAUGUAGAUAUAUAGGAAUACUUUACUGGUAAAGAUAAAUAUGAUACAGUCUAAAUACUCCUCAGAGUAGUAUUAGCAGUGAUGGAAUCAGUAGUCAGAUGCAAAAUUAGGCAAUACAAUAAUACUCCAUUAAUAGGUUACAGAAGUAGCCUGGCAACAUGAAGCCUAUUGAAGUAUAGAAAAACAAUCCAUCCUGCAGCAAAAUGGCCAAUUAUAUCAUGUUAUUGAAUAAUUGUUACGGAUGCAUUAAGUAAUAUACUUAUUUUAUAAUGCAGCUACAUCCAAAUAUUAUAGUAUACAACGUGAUGACAUAAGAUAUUGUGUUGCAAGAGUCUCUGCUCAGUCUUUGAGUUUAAAAGAAGUUUUAGUUGUGAUUAAACUAAGUACCGGUAUUAUCAUUACUCUUGUUAGUUCUACUACCACAAUUAAUAACUGGUGCUGUAACUUCCACUGGUACACCGGCACCGCUGAUACGAGUACAGACUCAGAAACACUAGAUCAUAAAAAGAAACUCCUACUCAUUUUCCUUUUGAUUUGUCAACAUUUAGGACUUUACAAUAUAUUUUGUUGUCAUAUAUUUAUACAGGUUAUAAUAAAAAUAAUUAUAAUAGAUUAUAAUGAUAUCUAGUAUUAUAUUUAUAAUACAAUGUGUUUUUUUGGAGAUGAGAUUGAAGCUGGAGCUGAGAGGAGAAUAUUAAAUCUGGAAAUGUUCAGCAGAAACUGUGAGUGAGAAGGAUGUGAGGAGUCAAACUGAAGGUGUUAAACUGCAACAUACACACUCGUCACUCACACACACACACACACACACACACAUGCACACACAUACACACACAGGUCUACAGGGAAUCAGUUUUAUCAGUGCAGGAGACAAAACACUGUGUGUGGUUGUGUGUGUGUGUGUGUGUGAUAUCUAUUCUCGUUCUGCUUUUCCUAUCAGUCUGAUGUCGUAUAGUUUACACCUUCUCAUUUUAGAGAGUAGGAAAAAUGACACCACUUGUGUUGAUUGCUUCCUGCUGUUGAUUAGCUAGCACAGCAUUCUAGAAUAUUAGCAUGCUGGUGGCAGCAUGUUAGCCUGCUGUGUUUACUCAGACACUAUUGACUGCCUAUCAUACACUCACGUUAUUACCUUCCACAUUUGUAAGAAAAUGUGACAUGUGAGAACAACUGAUUUGAUUUAGUCAUUGAUUUUCCGGUAGCACCACCAUCAUGUAUUCCAGUUUGCAUACUGAUAUCUUUGUACGGAGCACCACGGGGCUCAGUCUUGGGGUGCGAUAUUUUUUUUCUUCCUACUAUGGCGAAGGCUUGACCCGACCUACUCUCCCUCUGAUUGGCUUACCUUGAUAUUCUUACCCUAACCCCAACCAAUCUCCCUGCUCAUGCCUAAACCUUAUCAAUCCAACCAACUCUCCAAACUAAGGACAGAACAGAGGUCCUCGUCGGUUCAUCACACUGUCUCAGCUCGUUACACCUGUGGCCAUAAAAAAUGAAGCAGGGGAAGUCAACUACUACUCCCAGUAUGCAUUUCACCGACAAACAAACACCCAAUCACAGAGCCUCACAGUGUGUGACGCGCAUCGCUAUCGAUCGGCGACCCGAAGCUAAAGAUGAUUCAAUUCUAAAUUCUGGGUCAACUGUGACUUGUUUCUUACUGAAGGAGUCUUAUGGGUAUUGUAGUAUUUAGACACGUCCGCCAAACAAAAGUGGAACGACGGUGAUGCUGAGGAGACUGUUUAAAGAAAAAAAUGAAAUGAGAAUAUAGUACAGGGGGAGGUGUUUCUUUCCUAAUCAUGUAUGAGGCAGACCGACAUCAACAAAGUCCUAACAUGAAGGGAUAACAUAAUGAUAAUAAUCUCACUGUGUAUAUUAUAUUUUACAGUUUUGUCCCGUGAGUGAUGAAAGCACAUUUAUUCCCGUAGCUGUGAUGCCUUUGGUUCAGUCGGUGGUGUUUUCCCUGCCAUCCGCCUCCGCACCGGAAGUGACGUCAGAUGAUGUGGGCAGGCGGGUAACCAUGGCAACGGCCCUGCCGAUGAUGACAUGUUUGCACUUCUCUGCGAGUGUAUAAAUCUCUGCUGUCUAUCUCUCUCUCCUCUCCUCCGAGCAGCAUCGCCACGGCAACCAGACAACUCACACACACACACACGCACAUUCAGAUGCUCCCAUGGUUACAUCCAGAAACACAAUGGAUGCUGUCAGGAGGCAGGUGCGUGUGUGUGAUUUAUUAACGAGCUGCUGAUUAGUCACUGGUCUAAAUUUGUGGUUGAGAUAAUGAGCGCUGAUGUCAGUGUUCUGAUCUGAAUUUAAACACGGGGAACACUGUUUUUAAAUUGUAUUUACAUGCAGUCUGGUGUUUGUGUCAGUUAGAAGAAAGCCUGAUGAGUUAUCCAGAAGCCAAAAAGGCAGCUGGACUCUUGAUAUAUUACACCUCUCUUCAAAAGGGCUUCUUCAGUUCUGGUUGACAGGCGCAGGGAGUUAGGGGGGGGGUCCAACUAUUUGUCCACACUUCAAGACCCGGGGUCGCAAGGUGUGAAUUGGUCUUUAAACCGCUCGGCUGGUCAGAACAGUAUUUCAACCGAUACCAAAAUGUGUCAAAGCGUCCCAGAAGCUUUUGAGAUGGACUGAAAUGUAAAUGCACUCUAGCCAUGUUCUUGAUUUACAAACUGGACUGAGGUUUACUGAGUGUUGUAUUUAUUAGAUCUGAGUGUUAUUAAUUAAUGCGAAAAGUGUGAAUUUGAUAAGUUAUACAUACACGCAUACAGGAACAGGUCUACAGAACCCUUAUGCUGUUUGAAAGGUAGACCGUCAGCUUGGCUCAUACAGCGAGAGGCAGUGGGUGGAAAGAACCGGAUGGUGUUAUGGUAUCUCCUGUUCUACAGACGUUAUUACAGUCUGGAUCUGUGAGCUGCGGGAGGCUGUCCUCUGUGAGUGGGAGUAUAUAAAGAAGUAGAUCAGAGAUUUAUUACAGGGAAAUCACGUUUUUUUCCACACCACGUUGAAACCCCUUCAGUAGUGUUUCCUCCUCCCUGGUUUCUAUCAGCUCUCUUCUUCAACGAGAUGCAAAGCUCUAAUCGAUGCUCGUUAAUCAUUCUGCCGGGGGGAAUACAGCUCGGCAUGCUGGGAAACUCCCCGAGGCCCUUCGCUCCGUCUUUUUUAAUCCAUUCCCGUUUGUCACGUUAUCUGUGAAUACGCUGUGAGAGUUCAGAGGGGGCGAGGCGCUCAUCAGAUGUCCACGUGUUGCGGACACCGAAGAUUUAAAUGUCACAGAGCUGCAGCUGCAAUACAAAACAGGCUCGUCACAGCAGCAUUUAUUCAUCACUUACUCUCUGUCACAUAGAAAACACACAGGUUCAUAUACAGCAGGCCUAUCAUAUACACCAUUCACAUAUUUAAGUUUUCUUGCUUGCAUUCAAAUGAUAUUUUUCAGCUGAAUACAAGAUAGAAUGAAGCUACACUGAACUAACCAAAAUCGUCGUUUGUGAACAAGUCACUACAACAAAGUGAUUUAACCUGAAAUAAAACAAACAGCUAAAUUGAACUGUGAAUAAAUAAAUAAAUAAGACCUCAGCCACAUUCUUCAGUUGUACCAGCUGAAAUCCAAACACACAGCUAUAAGUGUGGUUUUGUACUAUUGGCAGGGUUACCUGGCACCCCAAAUCGCAUAAGGUAAAUGAAGCAUUGACUUGGAAAAUGUAUUUUGAGUUUCUAUGUAUAUAUUCAAUUAUAAUUAUUGAUAUACUAUUUGCUAAUCUGAACCAACACGUUUGCUUAACUGAACUGUUUGCAAACUUAAAACAAAAACCUGCUCAACUGAAUAGUUUAAGCUACAAAAUUGAACAAUUUAAUCACUUGAACCAGUUAGCUAACCUGGAACAAUCGCUAAAACCAUUUACCAAAACUACAAAGAGCUAGCUUGUAUGUAUUUAUAACCUUCACCAACUGUUUUAUAUUCUCAUAUAUGUAUAUCAUUAGCGAGCCUUCACCAAACUGCUAAAUCUAAAUCUAACUUUAGGCUACAUGUUUAGCUGCUAAAUUAAACUUUAAGCUAACUUGUUUAGCUGCUAAAGAAAUAAAAUAUCGGUGAGCUAACCUGAACCAAACAACCGAACUAUUGGCUGCUGGGCUUGCUAACAGUGGACAUAACGAGUAGGGGGACUGAUGCACUGAAGCUUCUAAAUGACAUGCUCAUUGUAAUGGAGAUAAUCUGCACUUUGAGCAUGUCGGGCAUCCAGCUGAAGGACUCUCCCAGAAUAAAACCACUAGAGUGGUUUUCAUUUACCAGUUACCGUUGAUGGCACUCAGACUAAUUACAUUCAGAUCGUUUGUCUGUUCCUGCCUCGCUCUGUAGGAACAGUGUGAGUGGAGUUUAUGCUCAUUUCCCGCUUUCCCUUUUACUCCUGCUUCUAAAGUAUUACCAGAUAUUGUCUUUUCUAUUACUAUUCAUUAUAUUUGGUUGAUUUCAAAAAAAUGGUGAUGUCCAUCUUGGAAAAAUCUACCAAAAAGAAUCUAAAUCAACCUGAAACUCGAGACAUCAUACGCAACUUGGACUACAACAUUACAUUAUGUGUGCUUUAAAUUCACGUCCAGGUUUCUCUUUCAUUUCUGCUGUGAUUCUUUUCCUCUUUCCAUCUCCUUCUCAGCAUACAGGUCAGCUAUCCAGAGCGGGCACACUCACACUCCCAGAAUGCCAGAGCAGAGCAACGACUACCGGGUGGUGGUGUUCGGAGCCGGCGGGGUGGGGAAGAGCUCGCUGGUCCUUCGGUUCGUCAAAGGUACCUUCAGAGACACCUACAUUCCCACUGUGGAGGACACAUACAGACAGGUGAUCAGCUGUGAUAAGAGCGUCUGCACGCUGCAGAUCACCGACACAACAGGAAGUCACCAGUUUCCAGCAAUGCAGCGCCUUUCCAUCUCCAAGGGCCACGCCUUCAUCUUGGUCUUCUCCAUCACCAGCCGCCAAUCACUGGAAGAGCUGAAACCCAUUUACCAGCAGGUCCUGGCCAUCAAAGGUACGGUGGAGUCCAUUCCCAUCAUGCUUGUGGGCAACAAAAGUGACGAAACGGCCCAGCGCGAGGUGGAGAAGAAGGAGGCCGAGGCUCAGGCCGCCACCUGGAAGUGUGCCUUUAUGGAGACGUCGGCCAAGACGAACUCCAAUGUGAAGGAACUGUUUCAGGAGCUGCUGUCCCUGGAGAAGAAGAGGGACAUGAGCCUGAGCAUCGACGGCAAGCGCUCGGGAAAACAGAAACGAGCCGACAAGUUGAAGGGGAAGUGCAGCAUCAUGUAGAGCGGGCGGGCGGCAGACUCGCUGUGGAGAUGCGGAAACAGCAGAGGAGGCAGGAGGGGAAGUCUGCUGACGAGUUCCCAUAGAGACUCCCUCUCCCAUCUUUCCCCAGUUCUGCAUCACAGAGGAUGGGUCUUGUUUGAUGGCUCUCCUCCACCAUCCGUCUGAACACUAAAGCCCCGAGGAACAAAAUGAUGAGACCGACUGAUAAUGAAAACUUUUAUUUAUACCAGGGCCUUGGGGCUCCUUCUGGCCCUGAACUGGUUGUGGGCCAGUUGUUGUGUUUGUGGCCCCAAAAUACUUAUAAAGAAAAAAAAAAAAAUAUAUAUAUAUAUAUAUAUGUACAGUAUGUAUAUAUACAGACCCAUCUAACGGCUACCACCACCAACGAUUAUAAUAAUAUUAUUAUAGAGGAAUACUCCACUGAUUUUAUUGUGAAUCUUGACCCAAGCCAAUGUAACUAGCAAAAGAUACAUUAGAUAUAACUUAAUUUAUCCCAAUGGGAAAUUGUUGUAGAGCAGUGGCAAAUAUUAAGUGGAUUAAAAAGUGUUGACAGAUAAAGUACAUUUUUCUUAUCAUAGUCUAGCUCUAAUUUGUUUUAGCAGCUCCUACAUUACCCAGGAUUAAUAGCGAACGCUGAGAUGUAGUUAACAUUCUGCAUGGGCCUAAAACUGACACUCAAAACCUUUAAGACCCAACUGGUACUACAAAAUUUGAUACCCGGAAACCUUUAUAUUUUCUCUGUUUCAUCAGUUACUGAUCAUUAGCUUGCAAGUCUAAAGCAACCCAUUGGGUACACUAUUCCCAGUGGGCACUGGGUAAACAUGAACCCAACCAGAGACCCAAGCUUUACAUAAACAAAAUAUCCCAAAACCAACCUGAGACUUGACACUUAUUUGGGAGCCAUGAGAAAUAAGUGUCGUCACUAUCUGCUGUGCCAUAGUUACAGCUGCUAAGCUAAAAUUGGACAAUCAUUGGGUUUAGUAAAUGGUCAAUUAGCAGCGCGUGGGCCAAACACAGACUUAAAGAAAGCAAGGCCAACAACAGGAUUCAAAAAUCAGUUUAAGUAACUCAACACUAUUAUGUCUCCUCGGGAAGCCCAGUUAGCGUGCUAAUAUAUUAGCCACAUAGUCACCUCGCUAUUAAGCGCGCUUUAGUUUAGCCCACAGUCCUUGCAUAGGGUUUGGCUGGGGUCCCCUAGUGGAGGAGGGGGGCACUUGUUUAAUUUUUGCAUAUUGAGACCACACCUUACGGCUAGUGGCCUUAUGACUUUUCACCACGUAUUGAUCAUAAAUUCAACCAUUAAGCAGCUACAGAUAAGGCCAAACUGCAGUGAAGUAUUCCUUUAUCUAAAAAGACCAGUGACCUUUCCAUUACGAUUCUCUUCUUGGUGGUUGUGACCGCAAACGGCAGGAUCUUUCCUGCUCUGAGU